AACGUAUUUCGUUCAUAUCCAUAAGAACGAUUGCAGUUAAAUUAGUAGGUACAUAUAUGUCACACGUCGGCAGCGGUACACAAAAUGAUUGUGGUUUUCUUAAUGGCUCUAUUGGCGCUCGGCCCCACCGACGGCAGACCGAAGGGUAAAUGCACCUGCAACUGGUUCACGUGCAACCAGCCGGUAUGCGCUAGCAACCACGAGACCUUCGAGUGCAUGUGUAAGCUGAACUGCCGGAACUCGGAGCAUCAGGGUCAGCUGUUUAAACUGUACGACGGGGAGUGCUAUGCCGACAUUGCGCUGGUUUAGAGUAAAAUGGACCGAAGGUCACCAGAGUGUGAAAAUUCUAUAUACAGACCCUUAAUUUUGCUUAACUUAACUACGCCUCACUGCAUUUUGUAAUAAAAAAUAUUUGUUUAAAUUUGAA